UGACUUCCCGCCGAGCCAUUGAAUCAGAUCCAGUCAACAACAACCUUUUCUCUCGCUUUUUUCUCUUCAAAAUGUCUCUUGCUCAGCGAAGUCUCACGUUUGGACUCCAGGAAAAUGUCCCCAAGAAAAAGGUUGCGAGCGACGAGCGCAGGACGCUGGGAGUUAUUCAGCCCAAGGCACAGAAGCAGUCGCGCCUUUUGCUCUCUUCCAAUGGCAGCUUGCGAGUCCAUUCACCAAGCAGAGGGAAGAAGAGAAAAAAUGACGAGAACAGCUGCCAGAUGAAGCCGAAGCGGGCCGACGGCAUCUUCGAGGACCCCGUGCAGCCCGCCAAGAAGCAGAAGACCUUCGCGUCCAUCGCCGUGCAGACCGACGACAGCGCUCCGGUGGCCAUCAUCACGCCCAGAACGCCAGUCGCAUCCAGGUCUUCCUCGGAACCCAGUGCCGCCUCGAAGACGGACGCCAGCACGAAAUGCAGUACACUCGAUAUGCUCACGUGUGACACGCCGCCUCCCGAGUAUUGGGAAGGCCUGGCGGAGAAGCGGCGGGAGGCCCUGGAGGAGACGCUCGAGGAGAACCACAAACUUCACGAAGAGAACACUUCGUUAAAGAAGGAAGUCACGGUCUUAAAAGAAGAGAAUAAGCUGCUCGAAGAGAUGGUGGAAGAGGCCAAGGGCCUGGCGGAAAUGGUACAGGAACUCACGGGACAAGCGGAAUCUGAAGCGGGCGCUGAAAGUUCCUCCAGUGACAAACAGACGGAAGAUCAGUAAAUGAAACUUCGCUGUAUAGGAAACUCAAAUUUCGAGUUUUAUUCUUUUAUUGUAUAGAGGACUGUGAUAGCUUUACAUUUUGCCAUUUACUAUAUUUUUAUGUGAUGUUAUUACAGUACAAAACUGUUACAAUUAACAUGAGUUAUAAGGUAGAUCUGUAAAGUACCAUAUGGUAGUCAUGUGCUUGUGUAUUGCAUAAGUGUAAAGUGUGGAUAUUAGCCAAAGAUGAAGAUAAUGCAUUUACACUUCAUGUAUUGACGAACCUUAGGUGUAAUAAAUUUUUAAACAAAUUGAGAAA